AAUUCCUUGCAUCACAAUCUCCAUUUUUUUGCUCAUCAACAAUAACCCUUUGAAUGGAAUUCUUCCAAAAAGCCAAAGUGGUACGCUUGAGAAGCCACCAUGAUAAAUACAUGUUGGCUGAUGAUGAUCAAGAAAAUGUUUUCCAAGACCGCAAUGGGUGCAAUAAUAAUGCUAAAUGGACCGUGGAGAUUCUGGAGAAUUCCAAUGUCAUAAGGUUGAAGAGUUGUUAUGGGAAAUACUUAACAGCCUCCAACAUGCCAUUCAUAUUGAGAGGCACAGGCAAAAAAGUGUUGCAAACAAUGCCUACUAGGUUGAAUUCUUCUGUGGAAUGGGAACCCAUAAGAGAAGGGGUUCAAGUGAGGCUAAGGACACGUUAUGGACAAUACUUGCGUGGUAAUGGAGGGUUUCCACCUUGGAGGAACACCAUCACCCAUGAUGUCCCACACAGAACAUCAAAAGCUAAUUGGGUUUUAUGGGAUGUGGAUAUAGUGGAGCUUCGCCCACAAAAACAACCUCCCAAACCUAAAUCAAGGCCUACACCUAUUACCCCACCCAAUCGUUCUAUGAAUCCAACCCCAAGAGAUCUUUCACCCUGUUCUUCUCCAUUAAUUUCAGAUAUGGAUUCCCUUGUCAAGAUUGAUCUUAGGUCCCCUACAACAUCUGAGCGUGAUGAUUUGUUUGAGUGUUUGUCACCAAUAAAAGAAGGAAGAAUUAUAUUUUAUGACGUGGGUAAUGAAAAUGGUGAAAUUGAUGAUUCAAAGAAAGAGGCAUUCUUUACAUUUAAAGGAAGUUGUGUGAAUGAGUUAAAGGAUAAAUUGAAGGAAGAAACAGGACUUGAUGAUAUUCUCGUGUGUUGUCGCAAUCCCUUGAAUGCAAAACUUUAUCCUCUUCAUUUACAACUACCUCCUAAUAACACUGACAUGCAUGUUGUUGUGGUUCCUUCUUCAUUCAAAGUCCAAUGAUGCUAGGAGGUCACAUUUAUUAGCAAAUGAAUGUUCCAAUAGUUGUGUGCAUGCAUACUUGCUGAAUUGAACCUACAAAUGCAAGUGAACCAACUAAUCAGACAUUCAAACCACGGGGCAACACGACCAACGAAGAAGAAAUAAUUUUUUAUUUUUAUUUUUUCUGAAAGUUGUUAGAUUUGGCUAUGUGAGAUGUAGUCUUCUAUAUAAUUCUUAAUUAGGAAACUUGUUGCCUCUUGUAAGAACUAACUAUUAACAUAAUUCAAUACAAGGUUGUAAUUUUUCUAGAGCUAUACUUUUAACAUCUUA